UAGACGGUAUAUAUAAUGACGUGCCGAAACGGCAGUGUCUCAAUCAGGUCGUUUUUUCCCUUCAGCACAGGGACUGGGGAUGUACAUGUGCUGUCUGUGUUUAUAAACAGCCAGUUUACAAAGACUGAAGCAAACUUUCACUCAGGUUCUCAAUAUUUUUCUUCCCAAUGUUUGGCAUGGCGUGAACUCUCAAAAAAACAAACACAAAGCAACAGCUGCUCCGUUCCUGUACUAGCGACUAAAACUUUCAUCCAGUUUUUGUGUUCUUCUAAAUAUUUACACAACUGCUUGAACUCACAAUUACAGAAAUGCAAGUGAUACAGAAAUGCACCUAGAAAAUCUGCGAUGGAAAAGAAUUUGAAGAAAUAAUAUCAGGACAAGUUUGAUCCAACAAGCAAGACCAUAGCUGGGAAUCCAAUGCACAAAUAAGUUUAUUUUGAAAGAAAAUUUUCAGAGUUGUGUUGAACGAUGAGCAACUGCACUGUCGACCACAGUAUCCACCAGAUCCUGUUUCCUGCCGUCUACAUUGGGGUCUUCAUCAUUGGACUCCCGAUUAACCUGCUGUCCCUGUAUCACAGCUAUCUACAGAUCAGGCAGAAGAAUGAGCUGGGAAUCUAUCUCUGUAAUCUGACCAUCUCAGACCUUUUGUACCUCCUUUCCUUACCUUUGUGGAUUCAGUACAUGCUGCAGCACGAUGACUGGCAAUAUUCUCGGGAACUUUGCAUCUUCAGCGGUCUGCUCCUCUACCAGAAUAUUUACAUCAGUAUUGGCUUCCUCUGCUUCAUUGCUAUUAACCGCUACCUUGUUGUGGCUUACCCUUUAAAAUUUAAAGUCAUACACAGCAGGAAGGCAGCUUUGCUCAUCAGUAUUCUCAUCUGGCUCAAGGAGAUAGCCGUCUGCACCAUUUACAUGGGCUCCAAGGUUCUCAGUAAAGACGAGGGGAAUGAUACUCUGUGUUUCGAACAUUAUCCUUUGCGCUUAAAGGACAGAUAUUUAAAUAUUUACAAACUCUCCAUUGGCUUCAGCCUCCCUUUGAUUUUAUUGAUCUAUUCUUACUAUAAGGUGUUGAGAGUUGUGCACAAAAGCCAUGGACUUGAAAGACAGCGGAAAUUAAGAAUAAAAAAAUUGGUAUCUGGGACAAUCAUCAUUUUCCUGGCUUGCUUUGCCCCUUAUCACAUUUUCCUGAUGGUUCGAAGCAUAUUUGAGUAUGACUGUCCCUUUGCUGACAGCAUUUUUGAGGUUUACCAUUUUGGGCUCCUGCUGAUGAGCUUAAACUGUGUGGCCGACCCUGUUUUGUACUGUUUCAUAUCACAGAGUUCCCAGAGCUGGUUGGCCAGGUUCCUGGAUCCUGUUAUCAAUCUGCUUCCUUGUGGGAAAAAAGAAGAAAUUGUGGCCCUUGAGAUGAAGGGCAGCUCACCGCUUACAACUAAAACAAGUCUGUUACCUCAAAGACACCAGAAACGAGAAAAAUAUGAAUACCAACACUCAAAGCAAAACCUUUUGGUUUGAUUUCCUGGUGAACUUGAAGACUGCAGCAGGGCGAGGAUUCUCUUUAUCACUGGAGAUGGCCAUCAAUCAGAGUGUGAUAAUUCCAUCAUCUGUCCUCUCGAUUAGAGUAUCUACCAGAGCCUGUUUCCCACCAUCCACGUUGUGGUCUUCAGUUUCGGCCUUCCAGCUGAUCUCCUGUCCCUGUAUCACAGCUACCGACAGAUCAGGCAGAGGAAUAAGCUGGGAGUCUACCUCUGUCACCUAACCAUCUCAGAGCUGUUGCACUUUGCCUGUCUGCCCUUGUGAAUCCAAUACUUACUGGUGAAAGAUCAUUGGAUGGACAGUGAGUUGCUGUGAGCAUCGCAUUCUCCUGUUGCAACUCUGUGGAUUGCUACCUGCCAAUGGUCCACCCUUUAAGACUCUACACCUCCUGAACUUUGAAAGCUGCACUUCUGGUCAGUGCCAUUGCCUAGAUCAAAGAAAUUGGAAUCACUGUUUUCAUUUUCUCCCACAAUUGGGAUUGUGAAAGAUCAGAACAAUCACUUACCUUGUUUCGAACAUUAUCCGUUGUGGCCUUGACAAAGGAGAAUAAACUAGUACCGUCUCUCUGUGGGUUUCCUUUUCCCUAUUGUUUUGUUGACUUAUUUCCUAUCACCAGUUGUUAGCAUCUAUCUGCAAGAGUCAAGGCAUUCAGCAAGAUCAAAAGUUAAGGAUCAAGAAAUUGGUGUUAGGUGCCAUUGUCAUAUUUUGUAUUCGCUUUGUCCCUAAUCACAUCAUGCUGCUGGUCAGAACCCUGUUUGAGGACAUUUGCAGCUUUGUGAAGACCUCAUUCCAUUCUUACCACUUGGGGUUGCCAUUGACCCAUUUGAACUGCAUGGCUGAUCCCACCCUCUUCUCCUUUGUAUCUGACAGCUCACAUGGAAUUCUGAUGAGGAGUGUCUUGUCAACUUCCGUCAUUGCAAACAGAAUAAGGAAAAGAAAUGUUCACGCGCGGUUGUUGAUCCAGAAAUCUAGAGGAUUGGACAUUAACGCAUUGACCAGUGUCACCACACUGUAUUGAUAGUUCUUUCUUGUCUGAGUUAGAAGGUUAGAGACUUGAGCAUAUAAUCCAGGCUUCCAAUGCAAUAUGAAGGGACUGCAACACUCUCAGUGGUGCCACAUUUGAGUAAGAUCUUAAACUAAGAUCCUGGUGUCUCCCCUUGUUGGCCCUAAAAGGUUCUAUGCCACUAAUUAAAGAAAGGAAACAAGUUUCUCCCUACUGUAAUCAUGAAAGAUUAUCUCUUUUGCUGUUUCCAUAUCUAUUAAUAUCAACAAUGUAAAUCUCAGGAGAACAUCUGCAGUGGAAUCGUACAAAGUAUAUGUUUCCAUGGAAAACAAAGCUAAUGUCAAUGCUGUUUUAAACAGGCUGGGGAACAGACCGUACUGUUCAAAGUGCUUUUCUUAAGUUCUCUCUGAAUGUUUAUUUUGAAUCAAUCAUAUAAUUAACCAGUGCUUCAAAAACCCUUCCCAGAUAUUAGACGCCUUUAUAUGGUGCUUCACCGGCCACUGCUUCCAUUUUCUAUGACAGGAAUAAUGUGGUGUUGAGACCACAACCAGAACAGCCAGGACCUGAGUGAUUAGUGAAGCACCUUUGAGGCCCUUCCUGCACCUACACAGUCCUCCUAUCACAACCUAUUCCAACGUAUCUCAACCCAACCCAGCCAAUCUCACCUCAACCCACCUCAUCUAAUUCCCAAUCUUCUCAGUCUAUUCCAUUCUGGUUGGGCCAGUUAACUUCAAAUGAUUCCAGAGACUCUGCUGAGACUUGGGAUUGCAAUAGAAGAAUCAGGGUUGGAUUAAGGGUUUUGGGUGAUGGGACACUUUACAUGAGGGACAUCCAGUGUCCGUGUGGUCCAGUGACACACACUGAGAAACAGGACGAACUUUGUUCUGUUCUGCUGCAACUAUGCAGAGCCAAUCCCUGCGCCGUUUUCACAACUUGUUAUGUAGUUAUCUGUUCUUUACGCUGAAUAAAACUGCCUAUGUUUAGAGGAAUUCUGCACUGUGUGCCAAUCCUCACUACAAUUAGAUGAACUCAUUUCACAUCAGAGUUUUGCAGAUAGAACCACAGGAAAGCCUUCAGUUAUUUGAGCUUUAUGUGGAGUCUCAGUGGUUAGCACUGCUGCCUCACAGGGGCAGGGACCCGGGUUUGAUUCCAACCUCGGGCCACUGUCUGUGUAGAGUUUGUGCACUCUCUCCCCGUCUGCAUGGAUCUCCUCCAGGUGCUCUGGUUUCCUCCCACAGUCCAAAGAUGUGCAGGUCAGGUGAAUUGGCCAGGCUAAAUUGCCCAUAGUGUUAGUUUCAUUAGUCAGAGGAAAAUGGGUCUGGGUGGGUUAAUCAUCAGAAGGUCGGUGUGAACUUGUUGGGCGAAGGGCCUGUUUUCACAUUGCAGGGAAUCUAAUCUAAUCUAAACAAAACCCAGCACAGACGUAUUGGGCUGAAUGACCAAUCUGAUUGCAGUAGAAUUCUAUACAAUUAACCCAGAGAACGCUGGUUACUCAAGGUCACAAAGAGCAACAGUGUAUUAAUAUUUAAACUGCAACUCAUCCCAAAACUGGAGAGUUUGAAAGAGACAGCUCAGGAGCAAAGGAAAGUCACAGCAGAUCCUGGAACUUUGAUAUAAAAAUAAAAAAGGAAUUACUGGCUAACACUCAGCAGGUCAGGCAGCAUUUGCAGAGAGAGUGAAACAGAGUUAACAUCACAGGUCAGUGACCCUGUCCAAAUACCAAUUCCCCAGUGAUACUGAAUCUUGUAUUAUGCUGGUACUGGCUUCAUGGGUGAAUUUUGGAUUAAUUUAUCAAUACUUUUUGCAACUCCACAGAAAUCUCAUCCACUUUAAGCAUCCUCUCAGGGCAUUGCUUCAGUUCCAAACUUGCACAGUAUUGCUUAAACACGAUCUGUCCUUGAGAAAUCCCUGGAGUCUUGCCCAUAAGUUACCAAUCUUCAGUGGCCCAUGUAAUAGCCAAAAGUUUACCGACAGCCAGUUGAAGAAUAACCUGCACAGAAUUAUUGGCCUGGCCUUCUUUCUCAGCCACAUUUACAAUUUUGUUUUGAUAAUCUUGAAAGUUAUUCUCAGAGUCUCCUCUGUUUUUCAGAAUCUCACACAUGGAUUUGAGAAUGUCCAAUGUGAUAACAGGAAGUAAACCUAUCAGGAAUGUUUCUUUAAAAUUCAAUGUAUCAAAACACUUUGAAAAGCUUCCAAUGUAUCUAACUUCCCCACAGUUUGCACACCAGAGAUUUUGACUAAUUUUCAAGACAAUGUUGAAAACAAUAUUUAUUUUAUUUAUGUUCCUGUUUUUGUGCUGUACAUCUCUAUGACUCUAUGACUUUACAACAUUCAGAGAACAGCACCUCUGACAGAGCAGCACUCACUCAGUGUUGCAAUCGAAAGGUCAGCCAAGGUUUUGUUCUUAAGUCUCUGGAGCUUCUGAUUCAGAGAUGAGUGUGCUACUCAUUGAGACGAUAGCUGCUACAGAGAUUUCUAUGGUAUCUUUCACAACCUCAGAGUAGCCCAAAGCACUUUGCAGCCAAUGAUGUCCUUUCUGAAGUCUAGAUCUCACUGCGUUGUCGAGGAAUAUGGAAGUGACUUUGCACACAGCAAGAUCCACAUUGCAGCAUUGAAAUGCAACAUCUCAGGCUUUGGGAUGAGAGUUGGUCGGUUGGCACACUGUGCUCUCCUGAUCAGACAGCAGUUCUGAAGCACUGAUCAUAGCACUCCAAUGGCAAUACCCCCUGGGUGCGCUCAGGAUUAGGACCAACUGAAAUCUAAAGAAUUUAAAAUGAAUGCACCAUAUUGUGGAAUAAUUUGAUGAAAUCUUUUGUGUCGGUAUUUUUAAUAAACAGUUUAUUUUUGCGGGUAUUCUAUUUAUAUGUUUUAUUU